CUGCAUCUCUCCGUCCACAGUUCCCCUUUAUCCACAUCUAUCUCUCUCUCUCUAGCAUGGCUACUGAAGAACAAGUUGAGAACCCUAGUCUUCUCCCUCAGUACCCAGAGUUGAUCAUGGAGGCGAUCGAAGCUUUGAACGAUAAGAACGGGUCGAACAAGUCUUCGAUUUCGAAGCACAUCGAGGACACAUGCGAAAAUCUCCCAGCUGCCCACUCAACCCUUCUCUCUCACCACCUCAACAAGAUGAAGGCAAGUGGGCAGCUCAUUCUGAUCAAGAACAACUACCAAAAGCCUGAUCCUAAUGCCCCUCCUCGCCGUGGCCGCGGCCGUCCUCCCAAACCCAAGAUGCUCGUUCCGCCGGGCACGGUGGUUUCUCCGCCGCGGCCAAGGGGUCGACCGCCGAAGCCCAGGGAUCCACUUGCUCCUCCUCCACCGAAGAAGAUGAAAACUUCGAGUGCUAGUGGAAGGAAAAGGGGGAGGCCUCCGAAAGCAGGAACGACUGCUCGGCCGCCGCCGCCGCCAAGUGGGGCUCCCAGAGGACGAGGACGGCCUCCGAAGGUGAAGCCUCAACCGACCGCUGCUCCGGUAGGGGCUUGAAUGAAAGAGGAAGUAACUUUAGGGGGUGUAGUGCUAAUUAUUGUUUUUUUUUUUUUUGUUUUUUAUCUUUUGAUUUUUUGCUUUCAUUGUAAGUCCUUUAACUUUGGUUUAAUUCUAUUCAGGGUGUUUGUGGUGAUAUCUGAGUUGUUGUAAUUGUAGUGAUUUUAGGUGGUGGUGACUGUAAUUUGCACAAUGUAAAUCUAUGCAAUGGCAUUUGAGGCUU